AUGGCUGAAGACGAGAAAGCGCAACUCGACCCACUUCGCACCUACGAGCUCCGUCUCCUUCGUUGCUCUAUACCGUCCGAUUACCUAGACGAAACCCCACCUCCUCCAUCUAAGCUGUCCAAUACCAGCACCGCGUCUCAGCUCCACUCCCUCAUCGAAAACCUUCUCCAAUUAAUCGAGUCCGGACAGUACCGCCAUGCUCUAUCCUCAGAAGCAGGCCGAACCCUCUUCAAUCUCAACUCUUCCCACCUCCCUUCUUUGUUUGAUUCCGCUGAUCAAUUUUACAAUGAGUCGGUUGUCAAGUGUGUCGAAUCAUUUAUAUAUGGCGAUAAUUGUGAAGAGAAUGACAAUGAGAGGUGUUAUAGAGCGUUUUUGGUCAUGGCCAUUGCCGUUGCUGCUCUUCUUUCUUUCACUCAGUGCAAUAUAACUGGGACAUUGAAUAAGUCUGCACUUUUUAAAUGA